CGGAGAGAAAUUGACACAUCGCGUGCCGUGGUUGGGUAGAAGUUGACCUGAAUAAGUACGUCUGGUCUUCAAAAUGUCUGCUAUCGAAUACAACAAUUUGCUUUUCAAAAUAAGCCAGAGACUGAACGAGCUGAAUGUAGGACGGCAAUUGCUUGUUAUGUGUAGAGGGAAGGUGGCCCCUCGCGAUGAAGAAAACAUGCAAGAUGUCUUCCCGUUGUUUGUAGAGUUGGAGCAGAAUGGUUUUCUUGGUGCAGAUAAAUUGAAUAUUUUAAAAGAUCUUUUAAAAGGCCUUGAAGAAUGGUCACUUUUUGGGAAUGUCAAAUCGUUCGAGAGUAAACGAAAGGAAUACAACAGCUUGCUGGAGAGAAUUAUUCAUGUUCUAGACGAGCCCGAUUGUCUCGAACAACUUGUCGCCAUUUGCAAUGAUCGGAUACCGGAAGAAAAGCAUAGUAGCAUACAAGAUGUUAGAUCACUUUUUCAGGAGCUGGAAAACAAUGACUCUUUAGGGAUCGAUCAUCUUGAAGUCCUGAAGGAGAUUUUGACCCGACAGGAGAAAACUGAUUUACUUCGGGAAGUGGAGGAGUUUGAAGACGGAAAAAACCAAGAGGAAGAAUUUGAAUGGCGAAAAGGUAUUGUUACCGUUCUAGAUUCUUCUUUGGGUAUAUCCUCACGAUCGGUCACGGCGAUUUUUGCUGAUUCUACUUUUUUCUCCCCCUUAUAACCUGUUUUAGGACCAUUUUUGUACUCAGAGGGACCAAACGAAUGUCUAUUGUCUCAAUAUAUAAUUACGAAAUAUUUCAUUUCUCUUUAAUACAAUAGUUCUACCUGAUAUUAAUUACGCACUGUCUACGCCGCGUCCAAGUCCGAUCUUACAUACCUGUACAAUGUUUCUUAGACCGCUGUUUUAAAAGGAAAUCUACGUCUAAGCCCGUAAGUGUUUAUGAUUUCUUAGAGAGGCAAGACCGUAAAAUUUUGAGAAAAGUUUCUAAUGCUAAAGGACAUCCACUUUUAUCUAUUAUGCCUCGUGUUAAACAGUCCAGUUACAAUCUUAGGAAAGAAACUUGUUUUAGACUUAAGAUUAACACUCUGCGUUUUAAAAGCUCUAGUUAUUAAUCGUUGAGUUUUUUAUAUGAAUUAGCUAUGCAAUAUACUAGUUUUUUUAAUUCUCAUUUUUUACCUUUUUAAAAUUUCUUACACUUACUUGUAACGAAAGAUAUGUAUUUUUUAUCUGUUGAUGAAUAAAGACUUUGUUAUUAUUAUUAUUAUUAUUAUUAUUAUUAUUAUUAUUAUUAUUAUUAUUAUUAUUAUUAUUAUUAUUUCAGCACAAGCAGCUGCGAUAGCGUCGUCGGCCAGCAGCAAUUUAGCUGGAGGUAGGUUGCGCUCGUAAUUAUUAAGCUCCAUGCACAUAACGGGAUUCCCAACCCGCCCCCCCGCUGGGGAGACACGGCCUCUUGAACAGAGACAAAGGGCGCGAUCCAUUUAACCAAAAUUUCCGGAAAUUUCGGUCCAAAACUCAAUGGAUCGGUUCGGUUCAACCGGAAAAGUUUCGAAAAAACAGGUCCACCUUUUGAGGUCGGACCGGUUUGAAUGUUGGUUGAAUGGAUCGCGCCCAAAGAUCUCACUGCUGUGAUUUUUCUCAUAAGUGAGAAGUAUAUGUUAAUUUUUGUUAGGAUUGAUUAGAUCUUCUGUUCAGUACUGAUAUAAAAUAUUUAGACACUGGCAAACUGUUUAACAUUUCACGGCUAGUGAACCUAUGUUAGAACUCUCAGUCAUAUCUUGGUUUUAAUGUUUCUUCAGAUCAUAUAGCUGAUAGACUUCAAAACGUACAGUCUGAACUUUUCAGUGCGCAAUUGAAGAACGUGCAAGCGGUCAAUGAACAUCUGGAGCGAGAGGAAGCCGUGCACGCUCAAGCACCAGCUCCAUUGGCUGUCUAUGAAACAGUUUUAAUUGAUCUCAGAAACUCGGUUAUGGCAUAUAGCCUUUCAUAGAUUUCCACUCCUGCAAAUCAAGUACCCAGGGGGGUACUCCUGGGAAUUCUUGGUGGGGGUGUGCCGCCCGGUUCUCCAACACCUGACCCUAUUCCAGACCAAAAAAUAUGAUUUCCCAGACCCGUUUUCAGACCAGGGGCCCGUUUCUCGAAAGUCCCGAUAAUUAACGGGCCCGGUAAGCUUUCUCCGUUUACCUUAAGGAUCGAGGUUUCAAUAGUUUUGCAUCUAGCAUGAUAAAACUAUCAGUUAAUGAAACAAAAUGGAGUAGUUUGCUAGCCAGGACCCGCGCUAUUAUUCUUUAUAUUUCGAUUUGAAUAUUUGGAUUGGGGCCCGAAAAGUUACCGGGACUUUCGAGAAACGGGCCCCAUACCUCUAAAAUCCCUACCCGUUUUCAGACCUGGCCUUUAGGCAGAAAUUAUGUUAUCAUUACUUAGACUAGAGCGCAAACAAAAAAAUUGUUUAAAUCCGUUUCGAGUUCGCAUACUUCUCUUUCCUUCUUACUCAUUUGGAAU